UCUCCUUUGGCCUUUUGGUCAAGACCAUUGAAUUAUGUUCCCAAAUGUUCCUCUUUUCAAUAAUCAACUGCUCAUAAUAGUCCUUAGUCAGUGGUCAUACAUUCACAGCCAUAGCCAAGCAAAAAUGUUAAAAUCUCUCUCUCGCUCUCUCUCAUCUUCUGCCCCAUUUUGACCUGUUAAAAUCGAAGGAUCUAUCAGGCUAUGAAUUCCCGCUACCCCAUUAAAAACACCCCAUUUCCCAGGCUCUAGCGCUAGCCUAGUUUUCAUUCUUCACCACCCAUCAUAUUCUUCCUUUCAUGCCUCAUCCCUUUUUCUCUUCCUCUCAUCGAUCACACCCAAAUCAUCAGGUACAAAGAAAUUAAGAAAGUAAAAACUCUUCAAGCUUUGCAUCUGUAAGCCUAAGCCUUUGGGGUAAUAUAUUUCAUAGUUUUUGUAGCUUUUAUCGUCGAUCAUGUUUCUGGGUCUUUUCUUGGCUAUGGUUUCUUCCCUGAUAAUACUUAGGUUCUUGUACAAGACAUCUAUAUUUCACAUUUUCUUGAAAUGGUGGCGAGGUUUUGAAGACCAGUUUCACGUAUACCAGACCUACAAAAUUCCACAGUACAACGAGCAUUACCAAGAAAACCAACUCUACCGGAAGAUUUCAGUUUACCUGAAUUCCAUGGUCUCCCUCGACGACUCCGACCUCACGAACCUGAACUUGUUCUCGGGUUCCAAAUCCAACGAAAUCCUUCUCCACUUCGACGCCAACCAGAUCGUCUACGACACAUUCUUUAGCGCCAGAGUGUCGUGGACGAACGAACCUGAAAGAGAUGAUGAUGGAAACGGUAGGUCCUAUGUACUCAAGAUAAGGAAGAACGACAAGCGUAGAGUUCUACGCCCGUACCUACAGCAUAUCCUUUCGGUCACGGACGAGAUCGAGCAGAGGAAGAAGGAGAUUAGGUUGAACAUGAAUUUGGAAGGGGAGAAUGGACGGUGGAGAUCGAUUCCCUUCACGCAUCCGGCGAGCUUCGACACGGUGGUGAUGGACGCUGAUUUGAAAACCAAGGUCAGGUCCGAUCUCGAGCAGUUCCUUAAGUCGAAGCAGUACUACCACAGGUUAGGCCGCGUCUGGAAACGGAGUUAUUUGCUGUACGGUCCACCCGGCACCGGAAAAACCAGCUUCGUCGCGGCGAUGGCGAGGUUCCUGUGUUACGACGUCUACGAUAUCGACAUGUCCAAGGUCUCGGACGACUCUGAAUUGAAGACGCUCCUGCUGCGGACAACGACCAAGUCGCUGGUCGUGAUCGAGGAUCUAGACCGGUUUUUCGCCGGGAAACAGACCGCGGUUAGCCUAUCGGGGAUGCUGAACUUCAUGGACGGGAUUUUAUCGUGCUGCGGCGAAGAGAGCGUGAUGGUAUUCACGAUGAACGUCAAGGAUCAAGUCGAUCAGACGGCGAUGAGGCCCGGGAGGAUCGACGUUCAUAUAGAGUUCCCCACCUGCGAUUUCUCCGCGUUCAAGAGCAUGGCGAGUAGUUACUUGGGGGUGAAGGACCACAAGCUGUUCCCUCAGGUGGAGGAGGUCUUCCAAACCGGGGCGAGUUUGAGUCACGCCGAGAUCGGAGAGAUCAUGAUUUCGAACCGGAAUUCGCCGAGUCGGGCUUUGAAAUCGGUCAUCACGGCGCUGCAAACCAGCGGCGACGGGAGGGGAGCGAUCAAGGCCGGGCCGAGAUUGAGCGGAAGUAGUUCCGGUCGGUCUGUGGAUGAUUCGGUCGAACCACCGGCGAGUGUGUUCUGCAGGGAGAGCGUUCACACAGUGAGAGAAUUUCGGAAACUAUACGGACUGUUGAAGAUGGGAAGCAGAAGAAAAGAGUCGUUGGAUUUGAGUUCAGUUGAGAAGGACAAGGAAGGCUCACGACAUGACGUUUAGUUAUUUUUUUCCCUCAGCGACACGGCGUUUAAUUGUUUAAACUUGGUCCUUCAUGUUUAUCUAUGAAGCUCCAAAAAUUGGAGAUUUUUCCUCUUUUUUUUUUCCAUUUUUUUUGUAAGAAAGAUUUGUUUUAGUCCACAAAUGCAAAAGGUAGUAUUUUCAUCAUAAUGUAAAACUUUCAUACCA